AGCAGGGUCGUCGUUGUCGUCUGGAGUGUAGUGCUCCGAGUGGCUCUGACCACCUCUACCGUUUAUGAGUUUUGAUUAGUAAACUAAGUCUGUAAUAUUUAGCAAAAAUGUUAACUUCUCGAGGAUUAAACCUAAUGAGAGCCCUCAGAGAGGUGUCUAAAAUGAACCAUCAACUGGGCCUACAACAGGUGCGAAAUUCAGGCGGUUGCGUUUAUCGCAUACCUGCUGCUCAGCCUUCUCGCAAGAGUAUAAUUUGGAGUGAAAUGCUUGGAGGAUUGGCAUGGUGGUGGAUUUUGUGGCAUGUGUGGCACGAGCCCGACCAUCUCAUUGGGGAAUUUCCUUACCCUGAUCCUUCGCAAUGGACUGAUGAAGAAUUAGGAAUCCCUCCAGAUGAUGUCAAUAUCUAAUUAGGAAUCCUAGAGCAUCUAAUAUCGUGUAGUCCAUGUCAUUGAGACAUUUGGAAUUAUCGUUCUGCGAAUUCAUUUUUCGAGAUCGUAUCGAUAUUCAACAUACAAAACUGUAAUUGCUGAAUAAACACUAGCUCAGCCAAGUUGACUUAGUAAACUAAUUUUAUGAAACUAUUUAAUACUAUCUUGUAAUAUAUUGUAUCAAUAAAGCCAAUCUGAUAACGA